AUGGAGUGGAAGAAAGUUCAAAACCUGAUCGAGGCUGGCAAGGUGGAGGUCAACGGCGAGAGUUUGGAAAUUGGGACCGUUGUGGCCGUGGCAAAAUAUGGGUGUAAACCGUUCAUCGACACAGACCCGGCGCUUGUCGCGCGUAUGGCUGACAGUAAGAAGACACUGGAGAAGCAUUUGCUGUGGGGAAGAAGUAUCUAUGGGGUUAAUACUGGCUUUGGAGCCAAUGCCGACACUCGUACCACUGACUUUGUCACUCUGCAACGAGCGUUGACCCAACACCAGCAGUCGGCUAUCCUUACCAAGAAUGAUUUGAGUGUCCACGGAGACAAGGACGGGGAACACAACUCACACUCGAUGCCGACCAGCUGGGUCCGCGGCGCCAUGCUUGUCCGAGUCAAUACCACCAUUCGAGGCCAUUCUGCCAUAAGCUUUCGAGUGGUCGACAUGCUGGCGGAACUGGUCAGACGAGACAUGAUCCCUAUAGUGCCUUUGAGAGGCUCCAUCUCCGCCUCAGGGGACCUCAUGCCUCUCGCAUACAUUGCUGGCGCUCUGCAGGGAAACCCGGACAUUUACGUGCGCACUCGUGGUGGAGGCGGCCGCAAGAUCCUGAAGGCAUCGGAUGCCAUGGCACAGAUUCAACAAAUGCGCAUGGAAGAAAGCAAGAGCCAGAACUCCAACCGAAGUAAGGAACAAGGCGGCAAGGUCUCUGAAGUCGGCCCAGACCCAAAUGAGAAUAAGGACGGCAAGAAAAAGGGCAAGAAGAACAAAAAUCGCAAAGGAAAAAAGGCUGGUGAUGGCAGCAAGGAUCCCGAAGAGAACAAGCCUGGUAAAGACAGCAAGAGCACCGAAGAGGACAAACCUGGGAAAGAGAACAAGAGUUCCGAAGAGGCCAAACCUGAGAAAGAGAGCAAGAGCACCGAAGACGCCAAACCUGGGAAAGAGAGCAAGACCACCGAAGAGAAUCAGGCUGGCGACGACAGCACAAAGGUCCAAGGCACCCAGACCGGGAAAGACAGCAACCACACCAAAGACAGUGUCGGCGACGGGCACAAACAUAAAUACACCCCCCUGGUCCUGGGCCCCAAAGAAGGAUUGGCUCUGGUCAACGGCACGGCGCCAUCCGCGACCGUAGCAACUCUGGCCGUGUAUGAGGCGAACCAGCUUGCGGUGUUGGCACAGGUCAUUACUUGCCUGUCGUCGGAAGCCCUGGCAGCCAAUAUCGAAUGGGCUCAUCCAUUCAUUGCAGAGAUCCGGCCACACCAGGGCCAAAUGGAAGUGGCGCGCAACCUGCGAUACUUCUUCCGCGGCUCGGCGCUGGUCACCGGGUUGUCCAAGUCGACGCACGACGCCCGGGCCCGGACAGGCCUGGUGCAGGAUCGAUACGCACUUCGCACUUCGUCUCAGUGGAUCGGACCGGUCCUCGAUGACUUGUGGGUUUCGACCGGCCAGCUGACCGUCGAACUCAACUCGACCACGGACAACCCGGUGGUGAACCCGGAGGUCGGCGAGGUCUACUGCGGUGGCAACUUCCAGGCCUCGGUGGUCACCCAGACCACGGAGAAGAUGCGGCUCUGUUUGCAGACCAUCGGCAAGAUGCUCUUCGCCCAGACCAGCGAGUUGAUCAACCCGGUCACGAGCAAGGGCCUGCCCCCCAACCUGGCGGCCGACGACCCGAGCCUGUCGUUCUGCAUGAAGGGCGUCGACAUCAACAUGGCCGGCUACCAGUCCGAGCUGGCAAUGCUGGCGAACCCCAUCAGUUCCCACGUCCAGUCGGCAGAGAUGCACAACCAGGCCAUCAACUCGCUGGCCCUGAUCUCGGCUCGCUACACCAUGGACAGCGUGCAAGUCCUCACCAUGAUGACCGCCGCGGCGAUUUAUGUCGGGCUGCAGGCUGUCGAUCUGCGCGUCAUGCACCAAGAAUUCAUGGACUCGUACCCAAAUGCCAUCAAGAGGUCCGUCGUCAAGUAUUGGGAGGGUAAGGUCAGUCCUGAAAACGUGCAGGUGAUGCUCAAAUUGGUGGCGCCGCAACUCUCGGUCGCCUGGUUCGCCAAUGCAAGCUGCGACUUGGACGACCGCUGCCACAAGGUGGCCAGGUCGGUGACCGAGACGGUCCUCGAGUGCUACUUUGAGAGAGUGACCAAGGACGAUCCCAAAGGCCAGACGGACUUCCACUAUGGGCUCCACGCGUUGCGGAAUCUCAUCCUGACAACUCUGGCGCCGGCCUUUCGAGAAUGGCGAUCCCUCUUCUGGAACCAGACUGCGAACGUCACCGUACCCCGUCUGGGUCUAGGCACCCGCGCAUUGUAUCAAUUUGUCCGAGGCGAACUAGGGGUGCCCUUUCACCGUGGCCUCCAGGACGACCCGAUCGCCGAGCCAAGUGCCUCCGACGAGAAUCGACCCAAGAAGACGGUGGGAUCAUGGAUCUCAAUCAUCUAUGAAGCCGUGCGUGAUGGAAGAAUUUGCGGCCACAUCCUGGCAUCCUUGAAGGAGGACCUCCAAACCGACCCUGGAGUGGUGGCCAAUCUUGCGGCGGUGAACGAGGCUUUUGCGAAGGCCUUGCAGGACGGACCUGUUGCGGGGAAUGAUAAUCUUGCAGCUGCCUUGAGGUCUUUCCAGGAGCAUCUCGUCCAACCUGCGCCUCAGCCGUCAGGGGGAAGGGCGCAUCGGCGCAGAGCCUGA